AUGUUGCUCUCCACUACCUCCAUGGAGUCUUCCCCAAGGCCAGAAGUGUUUCCCACUAACACCGUCCCUUCAGGGAUGCCGGAGACGUUGGGAAACUUCACCUCCCUUCCCCAUUACACGAGCUUCUCCCAGUCUCAGUCCCUCCUGAAUGACACCUUGCUCAACAUCUCUUUGCUCAACUCCACCAGUGUGGCAGGUGGCUUUGGCCCCAGUGUGGCAGGAGUUCUCAUUCCACUAAUCUACAUCACAGUCUGUGUUAUUGGUCUGGGUGGCAACACACUGGUCAUCCACAUCGUCCUACACUACUCCAAAACCGAAUCCGUCACUAACAUCUACAUCCUGAAUCUGGCCAUCGCUGAUGAGCUAUUCAUGCUGGGCUUGCCAUUCCUGGCUGUGCAGAAUGCACUCCUCACCUGGCCUUUUGGCUCAAUCAUGUGUCGGCUGGUGAUGACUGUUGAUGGGAUUAACCAGUUUACCAGCAUCUUCUGUUUGACCAUGAUGAGCAUCGACCGCUACCUGGCUGUAGUCCACCCCAUCCGCUCUUCCAAGUGGCGGAAGCCCCAAGUGGCUAAAGCUGUUAACCUGACCGUGUGGGUAGUGUCCUUCAUUGUGGUUCUGCCUGUCGUCAUCUUUGCCGAUGUCGUCAAAGACGGCGGGACCUGCAAUAUUAUUUGGCCUGAGCCGGCUGAGAUAUGGAAGGCCACGUUCAUCAUCUACACAUCCACCAUUGGAUUCUUUGGCCCACUUCUGGUUAUCACCCUCUGCUACCUGUUGAUUGUGGUCAAGGUCCGAAGUGCAGGUAAGAAGGUCCGUGCUACUUCAACCAAGAGGAAGAAGUCUGAACGCAAGGUCACCCGAAUGGUCAUCAUCGUAGUGGCAGUAUUUGUCCUCUGCUGGCUGCCUUUCUAUGCCCUGAACAUCGUCAACCUGCUGGUGGUACUGCCAGGGGAAUUUCGGGGGUUGUACUACUUUGUAGUAGUGCUCUCCUAUGCCAACAGCUGCGCCAACCCAAUCCUCUACGGCUUCCUCUCAGACAACUUCAAGCGGGGCUUCCGCAAAGCUCUCUGCCGCUCCUCCCGAAAGGUGGACUGUAGAGAGGAGAUGGGCACUGAUCAAUUCACCACACAUGCAGGGGAGAGGAGGAGGCCAUUGGAGCGAAGGGACAGCCUGAGAGAGACCACUGCCUUGGAUGAGGAUGACCGGGAAGAGGCCACAGAGAUGACAGAGAUCUGCAGAAUAACACAGAAUGGGAACAGCAGCACAGAGCCAGAGAGUUGCAGAAACCUGUUUCUGCAUCGGGCAAAAGCGGAGGGGAACUCUAGGCUGCCUUCUCCAGACCAAAGAGUUAAACCAGGGGAGGGACCUGGGACAGGCUCAGCCUACUGCCCUGUAAACAAUAUUCCAUUAAUGCUCAAUGGAGCCAAAAACGGCAGCUUCAAAACUUUGCCUGAAGAACCAGUGGAGAAAAACACUUUGCUGGAAAUCAGUUAUUUGUAA